AUGAUGAUGAUGAUGAUGAUGAUGAUGAUGAUGAUGAUGAUGAUGAUGAUGAUGAUGAUGAUGAUGAUGAUGAUGAUGAUGAUGAUGAUGAUGAUGAUGAUGAUGAUGAUGAUGAUGAUGAUGAUGAUGAUGAUGAUGAUGAUGAUGAUGAUGAUGAUGAUGAUGAUGAUGAUGAUGAUGAUGAUGAUGAUGAUGAUGAUGAUGAUGAUGAUGAUGAUGAUGAUGAUGAUGAUGAUGAUGAUGAUGAUGAUGAUGAUGAUGAUGAUGAUGAUGAUGAUGAUGAUGAUGAUGAUGAUGAUGAUGAUGAUGAUGAUGAUGAUGAUGAUGAUGAUGAUGAUGAUGAUGAUGAUGAUGAUGAUGAUGAUGAUGAUGAUGAUGAUGAUGAUGAUGAUGAUGAUGAUAUGA